AUGCGCUCGAUCACCAGCUUCGGAGCCAUCUUGUGCUCAGCAGCACACGCUGUCGCACAGUACACCAACAGCAGCUCCACAGGCGGUGCCACCACCGUCCCAGGCAACGACACUGCUCCGUUCCCCAAUGUCACCUACCCAGAUGGUGUCUCGCCAGACCCAGACACGAUAGCUGGAUCUCAGAGCAAUCAGACUUCGCCACCCAAGUACCCUUCGCCAUGGAGCACUGGUGCAGGCGAUUGGAAGGCGGCGUACGAGAAGGCGACGGGGAUCGUUGGGCAGAUGACGUUGGAGGAGAAGGUCAAUGUUACCACUGGUGUCGGCUGGACUCUGCUUCCAGGAUUCACCUACGGCCAUGCGGUUUGGAGACUUCAACUCCUUCUCCCUCCAGGCGUCAACGUCGCAGCGGCAUGGGACAAGACUCUUGCUUGGCUGAGAGGCGAGGCUAUGGGCGAGGAGUACCGUGACAAGGGCGUCAAUGGCCUGCUCGGCCCUGUUGCUGGUCCACUUGGCAGAUCUCCCGAGGGCGGACGAAACUGGGAAGGCUUCAGUCCAGACCCAUACCUCACUGGUGUUCUCUUUGCCGAGACUAUCAAGGGUAUCCAGAGCACUGGCCAGAUGGCUAUUGCCAAGCACUUUCUCCUCAACGAACAGGAACACUUCCGCCAGGUGCCAGAAUCGAUCCAGUUCGACCUUGGCAACAUCACCUACCCAGGCUCUUCGAACGUCGAUGAAGCAACUCUCCACGAGCUGUAUGCCUGGCCUUUCGCUGAUGCUGUGCGAGCUGGAGUCGUUGGUGUCAUGUGCAGUUACGAGCGAAGCAACAACUCGGAUUCUUGCCAGAACAGCUACUUGAUGAACCACAUUCUCAAGGGCGAGUUGGGCUUCCAAGGUUUCGUGCAGUCAGACUGGCAAGCCCAGCACGCAGGUGUCUCUGCCGUUCUCGCUGGUCUUGAUAUGUCUAUGCCUGGUGACACCGUCUUCGACUCUGGUGCCAGCUACAUCGGUCCCAACCUUACCAUUGCUGUCCUGAACGGCAGUGUUCCACAGUGGCGCCUCGAUGACAUGGCAACUCGUAUUCUGGCGGGCUGGUACUACGUAGAUGGCGACACACCAGAGCACUUCAAGCCCAUCAACUUCAACUCCUGGACCCUUGAUACAUAUGGAUCUAUCUACAGCUACGUUGGACCCGAGUGGGGAUACGGUCUCGUCAACGAGCAUGUCGAUGUUCGUCAAGAGCACGGCAGGCUGAUCCGAGAAAUUGGAGCUGCUUCUACUGUUCUUCUCAAGAACGUCAACAACACGCUUCCAUUGACUGGCCAUGAGAAGUUGACGACUGUCUUCGGCGAAGACGCUGGAUUGAAUCCUUGGGGUCCCAACGGUUGCAGUGAUCGCGGCUGUGACCAGGGCACUCUCGCAAUUGGCUGGGGCAGCGGAACUGGUAACUUCCCAUACCUGAUCACCCCCGACGCUGCGAUCCAGCGUGAGAUUACCGACCACUACGGAGCUUACGAAUCGAUUACCCACAAUGGCGCCCUCGACCAGAUCCAAGCACUUGCCAGACGCGGUGGUCAAGUUGGAGGUGUUUGCAUUGCUUUCGCUUCUGCAGACAGUGGCGAAGGUUUCUUGCACCCUGGUGACAACUGGGGUGACCGAAACAACCUCACCGUCUGGCAAGGUGCAGAAGCCAUGCUUGUCAAUGUGACCUCCAACUGCAACAACACAAUCCUGGUCUUCCACACAGUCGGCCAGAUUGAUAUCUCCCACUGGAAGGAGCAUGAGAAUGUUACUGCCAUCGUCUGGGCAGGCCUUCCCGGCGAGCAAUCUGGCAACUCCCUUACCGAUGUCUUGUAUGGACGAGUCAACCCAUCCGCCAAGCUGCCAUACACUAUUGGACGCAACCGAACUGACUACGGAACCGAUGUGUUGUACCGACCCAAUGGCGAUGUGCCACAGUUCGAUUUCAGAGAAGGCGUCUUCAUCGACUAUCGAGGAUUCGAUCACCGAGGACUCGAGCCCACGUAUGAGUUUGGUUUCGGCUUGUCCUACACGACAUUCUCCUACAGCAAUCUGCAAGUCACCAAGCUCGAUGCCGGCGAGUACACGCCAUCGACGGGCUCGACUCCCGCUGCACCAACCUACGGAACCAUCAGCAACGACUCCUCAUCGCACUUGUUCCCAUCGAACUUUACGCGCAUCCCGCUACUCAUCUACCCCUGGCUCAACAGCACCGACUUGCGAACCGCAUACGGCUACGAAGACUACGGCGACGAGUCCUUCAUCCCCGAAGGUGCUCGCGACGGAAUCCCGCAACCCAUCCUCCCAGCAGCAGGUGCACCAGGCGGCAACCCCCAGCUCUGGGACGCCCUCUACCACGUCACCGUCAACAUCGCCAACACCGGCAAGGUUGCUGGAGCUGAAGUCGCCCAGCUAUACGUCUCCCUUGGCGGACCCUACGACCCACCCGUCGUCCUCCGCGGUUUCGAGAAGGUCUCGAUCCAGCCCGGCCAGACGACGGAGGUAGGGUUUGAUAUUCUGAGGAGGGAUGUGUCGAACUGGGAUACGGCGAGCCAGAAUUGGGUGAUUUCGGAGUAUCCGAAGAUUGUGCAUGUUGGUGCUAGUUCGAGGGAUUUGCCGCUUUCUGCGCCGCUGAGUUGA